AUGGCGAAAAGAAGUCGUUUAUCAGAUUCGGAGAUUGAGAAGCUGCUUUUAGAAAGUGAUGAUAAUUUCAGUGACAGUUCUGAAAGUUUUCAAGAUACAGAUGUUGAGGCUAGUGAAAGUGUCUUCGAUUCAGAAACAUCUGACGACGAGACACUACUGCAGCAGACGGUACCUAGUGAAUUUGUGCGUGCUAGUUCAGUUCAUAUUCAAUAUUUGUUCAGUGGUAAUAGUGGUACAGUUGUGCCUCAAAAACAAAAUGAUGUGAUGAGUUGUUUUAUGUGUUUUGUGGGUGAUGCUUUGUGCACAAUGAUAGCUGAACAGACGAACUUAUAUGCAGAACAGUUCAUAGCUUCUCAUCCCAGUUUAGCAGCAUGCUCCAGGGUUCACAGUUGGCAGAAUACUACACGCGACGAGGUAAAAACACUUAUUGGAAUGCUUGUACUUCAAGGAAUUCUUCACAAACCAGACCACAAAAUGUACUUUUCAAAGAGGGAAUCAGUUGACACACCUUUCUUCAGGAAAGCAAUGAGUGAAAAGCAGUUUCAUCUUCUAUUGAAAUUCCUCCACUUUGCUGACAAUACCUCAUAUGAUCUGCUAGGCACUAUCAGCAGAAAACUAUUCAAAAUUCACCCCAUUAUGGUGCAUCUGCGGGGUAAAUUCAGAUCAGUGUACAUGCCAGAAAGGAACAUCACCGUUGACAAAUCGUAUGUAUGGGACUUUAUUGUUUACACUGGAAAGGACACUAAUUAUGGUAGCCACUAUCCAAACGAAAAAAUAACCUCUCGAAUUGUUUUGGAACUUGGACACAAUCUACUCGGAAAAGGCCACUGUAUUUAUCUUGACAUCUGGUACACCAGUACAGAUUUGGUGGACAAACUAACCAGCAAUAACACUGAUGUUGUCAGCACAAUGUGGCAAGACAGGAAGGGGUUCCCUGACUUCGUAAAAAAGGAAAAACUGAAGAAAGGGGAGUACAUAACAGGGUACAAAGGCAAGCAGAUGGUAAUGAAAUGGAAAUACAAAAGAGACAUUGUUAUGGUCAGCACCUUCCAUGAUGAUACAUUUGUAAAUGUAAACUCGAAGAAGGGAAUCGUUCAAAAGCCACAAGCUGUCGUUGGCUACAACAAGAAUAUGGGGGGCGUGGAUAGGUGCAAUUCUCAGUUACAAAGCUACCAAAUGGCCAGAAGCAGGCUGAAAAAAUACUAUCAGAAGCUUUUCCGCCACUUGUUGGACACUGCAUGCUACAAUGCAUACAUUCUGUACAAGAAGCAUGGUGGUGAACAAAGUAGAAUGAGUAUCCUGUUAGUCUUGGUGAACAGUUGA